AUUUAUUUUCUUUUUGUCUUUUAUUACAGCCACAAUACGAAGUAAGGAGGGACCCUGAUGAGGUCUUCUACAGGACCACCUCUUCCUAAUCUACCAGACUGCAUCUUCCAGUCUUUCCAAGUGACCGAGUGACUUGAGUGAAGAUGAUCAAAGCGGGGUCUCGGUCGGGCACCUCGCUGCCCACGGAUACGAUGGACAUCAUCCGCAGCAAGACCCACACCCGCCGAGUGAGGCUCAACGUCGGGGGCCUCCUCCACGAAGUCCUGUGGAGGACGCUGGACCGGCUGCCCCGCACAAGACUGGGCAAACUAAGAGACUGCAACACCCACGACUCUAUCAUGGAGAUAUGCGACGACUACAGCUUAGAUAGCAACGAGUACUUUUUCGACAGGCAUCCCGGCGCAUUCACCUCCAUUCUCAACUUCUAUCGCACCGGAAAGUUACACAUGAUGGAGGAGAUGUGCGCCCUCUCGUUCAGCCAAGAGCUGGACUUCUGGGGCAUCGACGAGAUCUACCUGGAGUCCUGCUGUCAGGCCAGGUAUCACCAGAAAAAGGAGCAGAUGAACGAGGAGCUCAAAAGAGAGGCCGAGAACAUGAGGGAGAGGGGAGGAGAGGAGUUUACAACCACAUGCUGUUCCGAAAAGAGGAAGAAACUCUGGGACCUCUUGGAGAAGCCUAGUUCAUCAUUUGCAGCUAAGAUCCUGGCAAUUAUCUCCAUCCUCUUCAUUGUGUUGUCAACCAUUGCCUUGUCUCUGAACACCCUUCCAGAGCUGCAGGACACAGAUGAGUUUGGUCACCCUACAGACAACCCACAACUGGCCCAUGUGGAAGCUGUAUGUAUUGCCUGGUUUACCAUGGAGUACCUGCUUCGCUUCCUCUCCUCCCCCAACAAGUGGAAGUUCUUUAAGGGUCCUCUGAAUAUUAUCGACCUGCUGGCCAUCCUGCCCUACUACGUCACCAUCUUUCUGACAGAAUCCAACAAGAGUGUGCUGCAAUUUCAGAACGUCCGUCGAGUGGUUCAGAUUUUCCGGAUCAUGCGGAUCCUGCGUAUUCUGAAGCUGGCUCGUCACUCCACAGGUCUUCAGUCUCUGGGCUUCACUCUAAGGAGGAGCUAUAAUGAGCUGGGCCUGCUCAUUCUUUUUUUGGCCAUGGGCAUCAUGAUAUUCUCCAGUCUGGUCUUCUUUGCAGAAAAGGAUGAAGAGGACACCAAGUUCAAAAGCAUUCCAGCUUCCUUUUGGUGGGCUACCAUUACUAUGACAACAGUUGGCUAUGGUGAUAUCUACCCAAAAACUCUACUGGGAAAGAUAGUUGGAGGUUUGUGCUGCAUCGCUGGAGUACUGGUGAUAGCCCUGCCUAUCCCAAUCAUAGUGAAUAACUUCUCUGAGUUCUACAAAGAACAAAAGAGGCAGGAGAAAGCCAUCAAAAGAAGGGAGGCUCUAGAGAGGGCUAAGAGAAAUGGUAGCAUUGUCUCUAUGAACAUUAAAGAAACAUUUGGCCGCAGUGUAGAGCUCAUGGAUGUAAUGGUGGAAAAUACUGAAGAAAAAAAGAAGGUGCAUGAUAAUAAUGUGUCUCCAACUCAACUGAAAGGGACACCCAAACUCAAGUCACAGAUGAGCCCCAGCAACCCCACUAAGACUCUCGAAUCAAGCUACCAAGAGCAGGCCAAGCCUUCUAGUAGCCCUCAACAUCUCAGCGCACAGAAACUGGAGGAGAUGUACAAUAAGAUGGCCAUAGCCCAGUCACAACCCAACGUCAACAGCAAUGAAAAAGGGCCACUGCCCAAAGCAGUCAGGCAGAGAGCUGAAUUUGAGAUGGGAAACAUCCCCACUGAAGCUAUCUUAAGCACAGCAGAGGCAGUUACAGACAUGAGGAGCAUGUCCAGCCUUGACAGCUUCAUCAGCUGCGCCACUGACUUUCCUGAGAGCUCUCGCUUUUCCCACAGCCCUGUCAGCAACAUGAUAGGGAGGUUCAGCACCAACCCCAGCCUCGAGCCCACCAUGGAGAAUGAGCAUGAAGGAUCCCAGGGCACCACCACACCCCUGACAGGACCAGGCACCGAGCCCGGUUCUGACAGCUCCAAGGGUCUACAUUUGAACAAGCCACUCAAAAGCCGCUCUCUCAAGGUCAACUUCAGAGAUCGGGAGGAUUCAGGGACAGGGGCCUUCUCAGACAGCUCGUCAGUCCAGAGUCCUGAGGUGUCUAUCUACACAACUGCCAGUAACAGGACACCCAGCAAGAGUCCGGAGAAUUUACCGCCCGUCAUCUUCACGUUCCACGAUGCGUCCAUCAAUAAAUUCAUUGAUGCCGACACAGAUGAGGAGGAGCACCUGAAUGAUGGUUCACGCACCAACCCUUCCCAAAGACUUCUGGAAAAAGCCAGCCCCAAAGCUGGCCAUCACUCCAGCUUCCAGCAAGGGUCCAACCACAUGGGGGGCCUGCAGAGGAAGCUCGGGAACAGCACACUGCCGCUAGAAGGGCAGGAGAACCAUGUGGUUCAGGAGCUCAUGCCACUUCAGGGAGCGAAGAGUCACCCUAACGCUUAAAGUUAGAAUAAGUGAGAGACCACAGCACAAACAUACAGGAGAGGAGGAAGUAAGGGACAAAAAGAAGCACAGUGAACUAAACUGAACUUCCCAAAAAUAUGAAAGUCACUGAAAACAUUUUCAGGAAUAUUUAAAGAACUAUAAUGCAAAAUGCUUCUCCCAUGACAAUAGAAUCCUUGUGGACAAUGGGGAAGAUGUUUGUGUUUUGCUCUCUUGUUUCCUACCAAGGACUCCUGAAUAAAUUAAUUAACAGCGAACUCUGAUCUAAGAGGUUUUAAAAAGGGCAAGGAACACCUGUCUGAUAACUUUUACUAUUUAUACAUGAACAUUGAUACUUGCCCAGAAUAUCAUCUAAUAAUCACAGCCUGGUUGUAAGAGUACAGAAUAUCGUUUUCAUAAACAAAAACCUAUUUUUCUGACAUCCCAGGAUACUACGUAAAAGCCACUAUAGCAAAAGCUGUCCACUCAGUAGCAAACCACAGAGGGCAUUGAAACAUGGCAGUGACACUGGAAAACUCAUUCAACUGAGAUAGUUCAAGGAACUACGUUGUAGUGUGAAGGGGAAACUUACAUUUUUCUUUAAAUUAUGGUUAUACAUGUAUUAUUAUGGCAUUACAACGGACCAAGUGUGUUGGGAAAAUGUAUAGUUUGCUUCCUUUACCUUCCUUCCUCAAAACUGGCCUUAGUUAAUGUUGUCACCCAUGUUUUAUGUUUGUUUUUGUAUUAGUGAGAAAGAGAGACAACACAUACAUAUAUAAGUUUAUGCAAUGAUUAUCUUUCAUGUACAGUAUAUUUAUUAUUAUGUAGUGUUCUUGGUCCCUUGUCUCAAGUGUGAACUUGAGGAGAAUCAAGUCUAUCAGUUUGUUUCCGUUCAGAGUUUAGUGUCUUGCUCGUCGAUUUUUUUUUUACUGCACAAAAUACAUUUCGACAAAAGGGACACUGUGAGGCUGCAUCCAUCGAUUUUCCUUCUUGUUCCCAUUGUGCCCGACUGCUGGCAAGAGAGAGCACCUUAACAUGAUAUUUUUUUCUUUAUUCUUGUUCAUUUACUUAUUUUUGCUUGUUUCUAAAUAUCUCUGUGUGUCCCUCAGAUUGGUGUAAUUGGAGUUCAUUUUGAAUCUGGAGAAAAUCAAGUCUUUUGUCAUUUCAAAACUUUCUCAAAGGUGUUUCGGAGGAGCUAUCAUUCCUAUUGUAUCUGAUAAUCUGAACUUAAAAAUAACAUAAAAUGACUCAUGAGCAUCACCAUGGCUGGAAAGACAGCACUGAAAAUCACAGAGAUUUUCUAUGUUGAACCUCCAGUUUUGUAGGAGUGUGAAUAUUGUACAACUACAAAUGUAGAAUAUUACAAAAAAACAUUUAUUGUACAAGGUAAAGAAUCUAAAUAAUUUAUAUUUUUAAGAUAUUUUCUAAAAGAACUGUUAGACAAAUAUAUUGUGCUAAUCUCAUAGUUUUGCAUUUCAAUAUAUGUAUUGCAUUAUUUUGAUGGAGUUGCAUUUAUUAGAUGAUAUACUGUAGUAGAAACAUUUGUAUUGUUUGCUACUGUCUCCCUGUAAAUGUCUGUCCCUCUCUCCUUUGUGCAAUGUGAAGAACCAAAGAAUUGUUCUUUCUGAUAACUCACACAGAUGAUAGUACGUUUUAGUGUUUUAUCUCAAUAUGUUAGAAAUGUAAGCAUUCCUUUUCCAAACAGCAGAUUUUGGCAUAUUUCAGGUGCUCAUUCGGUACGAACAUGUAAGCUGGAUAGUGCACAGACAAGAGGACUGGGAUCUGAAGGAGAAAGCUAUUCACGGAGAAUGCAAAGAAUAGAGGGAGAAAAUGAAGAGGCAACACAGCACUUUAUUUUAAAUCCAUUUCUAAAGCUAAUUGGAUUAUUUACACUCUGUGGAUCGUCGCAAGUAGUUCGCCUCCAGAAAUCCAAAACAUUAUACUCAUCUGAGUUCACAUGACAUCUCUUACAAACAUAAAGCCACCUUGAAGCAACAAACAGCUCGCCUCUCAGGCACACAAACAGCAUGGAGGUAGACCUAUACCUUGUGUUUCUGUAGACCACUUUAGUUCAACCAAAUAUCCUGCAUCCUGCUUUUCUGUACGCACCUGACUCCAAAUUGACUCCAAACAUAUGACCACUCUGGGUGUUGAUCAUCUGGUGUUCUCAUGCCGUUUGUUACGUUAAUAAUAACAAGCAUGGUUUUAUAACAUUAGGCUAUGAACUUUACAACAUAUCAUGCAAGCAUGCUGCAAAGCAUCUAGUUUGAGUAGUGAAAAAAGUAUUUACAAUGUUUGGUAGUUAGAUAUUUCCGUGCCUUUGCUUUCGAACUAACGCCUGCCCCGCACGCUGAAUCUGUCGCUCUGCCCUGGCUAAUGGAGCCCGAAUGACAAUUAAACAAAACUGUACAGGAAAUAAACACACAGAGAAUCAGGUAUAUUAGAUAUCCAUAGCCCUCCCUCUAAGGUCUUUCCUGAGCACUUGCACUUAAAUGCACCAGACGUUUACAUGAAAAAGGGCCAAUCCACAAAAACAAACAGGUGCAGACUCACUCGGCAGAGUGAACGACCACUGUUUCCAUGGUGAUGGUUAAGAUGACUGGAUGGCUCACAUCUGAUGCAAGGAAGUAGUCUAAUUUGUCCACAGUCCUUAAAGACUAUAGUACUGUUUACAUUCUGUUCACGCAUUCAUUCAUUCAUCAAUCAUUCUUCUAAUUCUCCCUCCUCACCUGUGGUCUCAGUCUGGUGAAGCCUGAAGACAUGAUUUGAACAGAAAACUGGAUUGUGGGGCUUUCAGUCAGACUGUCACAUCAUGCCCAUAUUUCACUCUGUUUCAUAUUAACAUGAGCACAGCAGAAACUAAGGGGCUGUUGCUUCUGUGUAUGAUGUGUAUGUUCACUUCAGCUAACUACUCUCGUGGAGGGAGUGAGUGUGAAAUGUGAAUGGAAUAGGAACAAGCUAUGUGUGACAGAGAGAGCUGUGCAGCAGAGCUGCCGGUCUGGUAACAACUGACAUCUCUAAUGAUGGCUGUAGCACGCCGCUCCUUCUCUUCAUCUCCAACUUCAGCCUCAAAUAACGCAAUAACACAGACAAGAAGAUCUUUCAAAACCUUACUCAUGAGCUGUUCACUGCACUUUAGAGGUUAAAGCAUUCCUUCAGACAGGACAAUUGCCAUCAUAGUCUGUCAUUGAGUGUGCAUAAUGUGGCUACGCAACUUAAUCUAAGUUGCGUAGCCACAUUAUGCACACGGCACUCGUGUUUUUUCCAUUACGAGAUCGGCCUAGUGCUUGAGUCUUUUGUGCAGAAUGACAGUGCAAAAAUGGCAAUGGCUUGAGGCAUCCUUUUGAGGAUGUGUUCAUUUCUGUAAUUCUAAAAAUAUCAUCCCGGGCAUGCAGAAGGAGGGCCCGGGACAGCAAGAAAGGCUCAGUUACAGCAGUGUCUUUGGUCAGAUGGUGCCGUGGAGCUCUGAGGAACAAACGUUGUAACAAAAGAGUCUGGCAAAAGGGAGGCCACGGAGGCUUACAGUAAACUAUACAAACAAUCACUGGUGUGUGGGAUUUGUUGCAGCCCAGCCCUUAACACUGACUUGUAUAAAUAAAAAUGUCAAACUGACAAGUGGUCAUAUGACUUUUCACUCCUCAAGGCACAGAAGAAAAGACUAAAUGAAAAGGGCGGGUGUCUUAGUGAAGAAUGACGGUUCAUUAACAUUCAUCACACAACCGUCAGACACACACACUAAACACUAAUAACUCUUUGGUUUGGCCGCUCAUUAUAGUGGAUUUCCUAACAAGCCAUAGCCAUAUUACUCUUACUCCUCUGUUGGAUGAAUGUCAACAAUGUCCUUAUUGCUUUUUAUAUAUUUUUUUUCUUGUUUUCUGAACUGCACUUUAUUAUUUUUCUGUAUUAAAUCCUUUCCUGUCUAGAGACCAUGCAAAUAUAAAUGUCAACAUACAAAAGUACACAUUGGUUCAAACACAUUUUUCAAAAGCACAAGGUAUAAUGUCCCUAAGUAUCAAUGUCUUUAAGCACAAUACGCCACACUAGAGGAUUAAGCCAAAUGCAGACACAUAAUUAAAUUUUCAGAAUCUUUCCCCUUCUUCAGGGAAUAAAUCACCUCUGUUCAGCUCACACAGGUCUGUACCUUGCCGUGUCUGGGGAAAUGUUUGUUUUGUAAAGUUUCAUACUUUGUACCAGUUGACUUUGUAGAAUAUGAUCUUUGUGGUUUCCUGUUGUUCAACGCAUGUAGCACAAUUAAACUUUGAAACACAGAACUUGUAAAUAUCCUCUAAGACGCUAUAGGAAAAUGUCUAUGAUCAGCAAUUUCAAAGCAAUUUUCUCCUUUUACUGAUUGAUGCUUAAUAAAAGACAAUU